AUGUACAUCUGCCUGGGUGGUUGCAAGAACGGGUUUAAAUCCGGGUGUCGACCUUUAAUCGGCCUCGAUGGUGCAUUUCUAAAGACGCAGAUUGGUGGACAGAUAUUAUCAGCUGUCGCACAAGAUGCUAAUCACCACAUUUAUGUGGCUGCUUGGGCUAUAGUCAACAUUGAAAACAAGGAAAACUGGAAAUGGUUUUUGGAGUUACUCCAUGAAGAUUUAGGAGACUAUAAGGCUAACGGGUCGUGCUUUAUUUCUGAUAUGCAGAAGGGGUUGAUAGUGGCUGUGGAGGAGGUCAUGCCACAGGUCCACCAUCGUUUCUGUGUUUGGCACCUGUGGCAAAAUUUCAACAAACAGUGGAAGGAUCUUGAGCUGCGGAGACUCCUUUGGGAUGCUGCAAGAUCAACCACCUUCCAAGAUUUUAUUGGAAACAUGGACAAGAUCAAGAGAGUCAAUGAGGAAGCAUGGACAUACCUUAACAAGUGGCCUAGGCAUUCAUGGACGAAGUCUCAAUUUAGCCACAUGCCAAAGCUGGAUAAUAUAUGCAACAAUGCACGUGAGGUCUUCAACACAAGGAUCAAAGAGGCUAGGAGCAAGCCAAUAAUCACACUGCUUGAAGAGGUAAGGAUGCUCGUUAUGAGGUCCAUUGCAAAGAACAAAAUAAAGUUGAACAACCACGUGGGAAAACUUCCUCCAGUUAUUCAGAGCCGGUUGGAAAAGGUAAGGAAAGAGUCCAAGAAUUGGGUUCCUAUAUGGACUGGGGAUGAAGCCUAUGAAAAGUUUGAGGUCCAUGGACAACCAACAAACAUGGUUAUCGAUCUAGGAAAAAGACUUUGCACCUGCCAGUUCUGGAUGUUAACAGGCAUUCCUUGUGUUCACGCCUGUGCUGCUCUUGCACGGGUGAACAGGAGACCAGAUGAUUUCUGUCACCCCUUGGUCACAAUGGAGUCAUACAGGAAGACUUAUGAACAUUACAUCAAUCCUCUUCCGGGCCAAUCCAUGUGGGAAAAAUCAGCAUAUAGUCAGCCACAGGCUCCAAACAUCAAACGGAAACCAGGAAAGCUCACAACCAAAAGAAGAAAGAACGCUGAUGAGGGUACUAGUGUGCACAAGAAAGCUAAGCAUACUGUUACCCUAAAGAGACAGCUCAAGCCAUUCACAUGCAAGUAUUGUGGUGUAAAGGGCCACACCAAGAGGGGUUGCAAACAGAAGAGAGCUGAUGAGCUAGCUGCUGCUCUUGCAGCUGCAGUAGCUACUGUGGCAGCUUCCAAGGCCAAAGCAAGUGCUAGUGGGAGUACACCUGCAACUGAACCAAGCAACAUUGUCACUCCGGGACCACCAGCAGCUGACAUUCCACCACUAGUGUCUGCACCGCAAGCUGAAGAGGUUGAAUUAUCCCAACCAAGCUAUGGUGGAACACAAGAUGAGGCACCACCACCAACAACAACAAGGCCACCUAAAUUACCAACCAAAAGGAGGACGCCACAACAACCAGUAACUACUUCUGUCGAUCCCAUGCAAGGAGUAAGUGCAGCCACAUCUUCAAGGUUGGAAAGGUUCAUGAAGUUUGUUCCAACACCACAGUUCAAGGCGCCAAGGAAGAAAAACCCUUGA